GUUACAUUGUUAAUUUGUGGUUAAAAUUCUACUCUUGUGACAUGGAUACAUAGGAUGUGAUCCGAAAACAUAUGCCGUGGCAUGAUAUUCUAAAAUUCACACAAAAGAGUUUUAUAUAUAUAACGAUUUAAUAAAUCAAUGAAUUAAUAACAACGAAAUCUCACAAGAAGUUUCAAAUGAGAAGCAGAUGACUCUUGAAUCAGACCAUAGAUGUUGUGAGUGUAGUUUUUGGGCCAAGUAUGUGUUAUUUGGUUUUAAUUUUCUUGUAUGGGUUGCAGGAAUUGUUUUAAUUGCCAUUGGAAUUUGGGCAAGAUUACAGAAAGAAGGCUUGGAUCCAUUGGAUCAUCUUGUUACAGAUCCAGCUUACAUACUGAUAGCUGUCGGGGUGGUGAUGUUUUUUAUCAGCUUCUUUGGAUGUAUUGGUGCGCUUAGAGAAAACGUAACUCUUUUAAAGAUAUUUUGUAUUGUUGUGGUAAUCAUAUUCAUAUUACAAGUGAUCGCUGGUGUUUUGGCGUUUGUAUUUGUCGAUAGUAUUGAAAAACAAGUAUUAGACUAUAUGAAGCAUUCUCUAGAACAUUAUGACGAUAAUGCAGAUAUAAAUGAUUUGGUCGACCAAAUACAGAAACAGUAUAAAUGUUGUGGUGCCGCUAGUUACAAUGAUUGGGAAGUCAAUUUCUAUUAUAAUUGUUCCUCGACAGCUGUAUCAAGAUGUGGUGUACCAAGUUCAUGUUGUCGUCAACUAGGAAAUAGUGGAGUACAAUGCGGAUAUAAUUCAAGACGACAUGGGGAACAAUAUGCCAACGCAGUGAUCUAUAUAACUGGAUGUAUCCAUCCUCUGAUGACGGUGUUUCAAGAUAAUUUGGUGAUUAUUGGUUUGUUGGCAUUUUGUGUUGGAUUUAUUGAGUUAUUCUCGUUAUUGCUGGCACAUUAUUUGAUGAGGAAUAUAAUGCUGAACAACAAACUCUUAAACUGAGAUUGAUUGUUAUGUUGUUUUUCUGAUAUUAAUACUUGAAAAGUAUUCAUGUUCCUGAGAUUUGUUAGAUCAAUUACUUAGAAUGAUGUUAUUUAUUUUUACUAUCAAUGAUUUCUGCAUGUAUUUUUUUUUUUUAAAUCAACUCUUUUUUUCAUUAAACGUUAUCAA